CGGGCGCCGCCCCUCUCGGGCACGUGACGCUGUUACUGGGCAGACGUGCUGAGGGAGGACUGAGAAAGAUCAAAAUAAAAACAGAGUCCGGGCAGAGCGGAGUGAGGUUACUGUGUCAGUUUAGAAAUACCAAUAAGUCACCAUGGAAGUAGAAAACCCAAGUGAAAUAAAUGCUAAUCUAAUAGACGCCGAGAACCUGAACGAUUCCCUGUUUUAUGGAGAUGAAGAGAACAAUGGAUCAGAGCAAAUCAGGAAUGAAGUAAAUGGAAACUGUCCAGCCUCUUCAAUUAACGAGGCUAAACUUCAUGCCAAAGCCAAGAGACGACUGCGCAAAAAUUCUUCACGAGACUCUGGGAGAGGGGACUCUGUCAGCGAUAAUGGGGAGAACGCCAGGGGGGUCCUACCCACCAGUCCAAACAUCAAGCUUAUGGACCGCAAAUCACGGAGCGGGAAAGGGAGGGGACUGCCAAAGAAAGGUGGAGCUGGUGGCAAAGGGGUAUGGGGGACACCAGGGCAAGUUUAUGAUGUAGAAGAAGUUGAUGUCAGAGAUCCAAAUUAUGAAGAGGAUCAGGAGAGCUGUGUUUACGAGACGAUCGUGCUUCCCUUGGAUGAAAACGCAUUCGAAAAGUCUGUCACACCGAUCAUGCAGGAGUAUUUUGAACACGGCGACACCAAUGAAGUUGCAGAGAUGUUAAAGGAUUUAAACCUUGGGGAAAUGAAGAGCGGUCUCCCAGUUCUGGCCGUGUCCCUGGCCCUGGAAGGAAAAGCUAGCCAUCGGGAGAUGACAUCCAAGCUGCUGCACUAUCUGUGCGGCACGGUGCUCAGCGCAGAAGAUCUGCUGGCCUCAUUCGACAAACUGCUUCAAGAUCUGCCUGAACUCGUCCUGGACACACCCAAGGCACCACAGCUGGUGGGUCAGUUUAUUGCCAGAGCAGUUGGUGAUGGGAUUCUGAAAAGGAGCUACAUGGAGAGUUAUAAAGGCACGGUGGACUGUGAACAUGCCCGCGCUGCCUUAACCCGGGCAACAAUUCUGCUGACUAUGAGCAGAGGAGGAAGAAGCAGAAUUGACAGUGUUUGGGGGACUGGAGGAGGUCAACAGCCUGUCAAAAAUCUGGUUAAAGAGAUUGACAUGCUGCUGAAAGAAUUUGUGUUAUCUGGGGAAGUAUCUGAAGCCGAAAGAUGUCUUCAGGAGCUGGAAGUACCUCAUUUUCACCAUGAGCUUGUAUACGAAGCUGUACUAAUGGUUUUGGAAGCGAACGGUGACACCACCUACAAGAUGAUGCUGCAAUUGUUCGAAGUACUUUGCAAAUCAGGAAUUAUUACAUUGGAUCAAAUGAAAAGGGGUUAUGACAGAAUUUACUAUGAAAUUCCAGACAUAAAUCUGGAUGUGCCGCAUGCGUACUCUGUACUGGAACGUUUUGUGGAAGACUGCUUUAAAGCUGGAAUCAUAUCCAAACCGAUCAGGGAUCAGUGUCCUUCAAGGGGCAGAAAACGUUUUGUGAGCGAAGGCGACGGAGGGCGCCUGAAAUUUGAGAGUUACUAAAAGCGAAGACAGCACGACAUGCAUCGCCGAGCACCGUUUAAGUUUUCUAAAUCUCUCUAAAACUUGUUAUGGGUACAGAGCCUUUGUAAAAUAGUUUUCUAAAAUAAACCAUUGCAGAAAUAAACGUUUGGGAUAGGUAGAUGUACAGCAAAAGAUGAUGUAAGCUACGAAUCCUUGAAGUGCCAUUUGUUCGAGUUCAUUCCACGUUCAUGGUCACUCCUCUCUUACAAGGUCUAUGUUUUUUGGGCAGUCUUCACAGUCCUGAACCUGUCUUCAUUGUAGGGAGGGUGUGCCGUGACUCCAUGUUUGCUGCUGCUUGUUCAUACUACAGGUUUUUUUUUUUUUUUUUUUUUUUCGGAGGUGGAAAUGAAGAACUGACUUGCUCCGAAGCGUUUUUCCACUUGUGCCAGAGGCGCAAAAACAUUGCUUUUUUUUUGUAAAAAGCAUGAUGGUAAGGGAUAGGGACAAUGGGGAAAAAUUAUUUUUAUUCAGCUUUCCAAAGGAAAAUACAUUUUGAUGUGAAAGUACAGAAUAUGGUGGCUGGAACAUCCUAUUUUUCUACAUAAAAAAGAAAAAAAACUGGAUUAUAAGCUGAGUUCUGCUAAAAUGUGUGUACAUAUGAAAACAAAAAUAAAUAUGUUUAGUGGAGCACA